CACUUCCGGCCAAUACACCACAUUGUGCAAUAUUUUAUGACCUUAUUCUGCUUUCUGAUAGCAGUAUAAAUAGGACGUCAGAUAUUCAGUAGACCAAAAGCCCUUUGGGCGUCCAGCGUUCCAGAACAACCUUCUUUACCAAGUUUUCUUUUUUCACUGAGUGUAAGCUCACCUGUCGAGCUUGCACACUCUCAAGUCCCAACAACGGUGUUAGGCGGAGUUUAUUCUAAAAACUUAUCGAUUUCCAUAAAACUGUUGGAAGAAGACUCAAUUCGUGGUAAGGAAUUUACAACAAACCUGUUCUACGAGCAAAAAUCUUCAUCUGAAGUCGGUUAUCGUAGUAUGCUAAAUAGAUCAAAACCACUUUGUCAAUAUUUUAAUACGAAAAGUGGUUGUAAAUUCAAAGAGAACUGUAAAUUUUUGCAUCCUUCUCCAACAAGCAUUUCUAGUCCAUCAUUAUCAGAUAAUCAAGAAAAUGGAGCGCCAGUAAACGAGCAGCUAGAAGCCGACCUUCUUUCUACUGCUGUUUCUCAGUUGUCUGUAAGCAACCAGAAUCAUGAGGCAGUAAACAAGGAAAAGGACACAACACAAAAACUCUGUUUUAAUUUUGAAAAACAUGGAAAUUGCAGAUAUGGGAACAAAUGUCGUUUUCUUCAUGCAUUGCCAAAGAAAACGCAUAAUAAGGCACAAAAAUCUGACAGAACUUUGAAAUCUGAUGGGAAUGAUUCUAGGAAGAGAAAUGGGAAUCAGCAGACCCAAGAAAGAAAGCGAACUUGUCACUACUAUCAAGCAGGCCAUUGCCAGAAGGGAAAUGAUUGCAGAUUUUAUCAUUCAGAUGAAGUCGGUAAAGGAGACAUCUCAGAUGCCAUCUUAGCAGAGGACAAGAAACAAGUAAAGAAAGAAAAGGAUGGUUGUAAUGAAGCAGUAUCAGCAGGCCACACCAAUGGCAGAAAGGGGCCAAAAAAGGUUCCAUUAGCAGCUGGCCAGAGAAAAGUGGUACCCAGACCAGUCCAGCCUGUGAAGGAAUUUAAGAGAGAUAGCUUAAGUGAAAAUGAGGUUGAACAGCUCCGAUUGACAGAAAUUGAACAACUGAAAAAGAGACUUGCAUCGUCUAAUGUAGAAGUCAUUACUGACAGUAAAGACAACUUCUGUGUUCAGUUUGACUUUUCAUCUAGUGACCCAGACUGGCCAUAUGAUGUGGAAGUAUUCACUCUUCAAGUCACCAUACCAAAUGAAUACCCUCUGGAGAUGUUUGUUGUUAGACUACCUGAUGAGCAGAAUUUACCAGAAACAGUACGAAGGUACAUAGAAGCUUCUCUUGAAGACUGGGUAAAUACAAAACAGGCAGAGUUGAUAAGUGCUGGAGUAGUUAGACUGGAAUUUCGACCUUUCCUGAAAUGGUUGGACAGGAGUCUGGAAUCUAUUGUGACAGGUGCUCUAAAACAGUUAAAGAAGGAACUGGAAGCCAGAGCAGCAGGACUACAGUUUAUUCCAGCCUCCAAACUACAAGAAAAAGUAAAAUCAGCAGGAAGUGAUGAGGAUCAGGAGGAAAAUGAGGAGGAGGAAGAGGAGGGUGAGGAUGAAAGCAUGAUGUUUAAAGGAGUGGCCUACAGGAAGACUGAUGAGGACUUAGUGUAUACAGGACCACAACAGGAUGUGGAAUCUUCAGAAGAAGAGGAGGAGGAUUUAAUUGAGUCUGCCAUUACUACUGACAACAAACCAGAGAAAGAUGAAAGGCGGGGGACAGAAAUCAAGCUAAGGAACCUGACACUGAAAGACAACGCUUCAACACUUACCUGUAGUAAUAUAAAAAUCAUCAUUCAGUGUGCUCGCUGCAAAAACAAGAUGGAUGUCAACACACCCUCCGGGAGACCUAACUUGGUGACCUGUUUAAAAUGCAGCUACCCUCAGGUUUUGACCUUUCGAUCAGCAAUCAUGCAUCAGUUCUCGUCUGUAGUUGGCUAUCUGGAUUUAGAUGGAUGUCUUCCAUUUGAUGUUAUCCUUCAGGACUGUGUGUUUAAGCUAGGAUGCUUCAGCUGCAACAAAGAAAUGAAAGCCAAGAGUAUGGCUUUUGGACAAGUUACAGAGACAUGGUGCUCUACAUGUCACGGAAAAAUGAAAGUGUCAGCAGAGUCGGUCAAGUUUGCCCAACUUCUUCCUUCAGAGCCAGAAACAGAUGAGAAGAGUUUGCAUAAAGUUCCAGUCUUAAAGCCAAAGAAAAAUUUGAAAGAACCAGAGAUCCAACUAGGUCGCCCACUGCCUGAGGAUGGGACAUGUAAACAUUACAAGAAAAGUUUUCGAUGGUUCAGGUUCCCCUGCUGUGGUAAGUGUUACCCAUGUGACAUCUGCCAUGAGAUGAAGGAAGGGGACCAUGAGAUGCUGCUGGCCACCAGAAUGAUCUGUGGACACUGUUGUAAGGAACAGCCUUUUGCAUUGGAUAAAGCCUGUGUGGCAUGCAAAAAGUCAAUGACUCAAGUCCGCACUGCAUUCUGGGAAGGGGGUAAAGGAUGCAGAGACAAGUCUAAAAUGAGCAGGAAUGAUGUUCAGAAAUAUUCUGGACAAUCAAAGACUGUAUCCAGAAAGGCUCAAGAGAAAUUAAAGUCAUCCACAGCAAAGAAAAACACCAAGCUACGACACAGCAGCAACUAAUACAAUAACAUUGUUUCUUUAAAACCUGAUACACAUGGGUAAAAUUUCAGUAAAGUGCUUUGAAAGAAGAUUUUACUUUAUACAGUUGAUGCCAUGCAUCUAGAUGCAAUAUAACAUUUGCAAAAUAUGUUUUAGGACAAAUCUAAUCUAAAUCUAAUGUAUAUACAUAUACCAGUGUGACAAAAAUAUCUUGUUUUGUAGUUUGCAUUUUCAAUACUGAUAAUUUAUUUAAAUAUUGAAUGCCAAAUAAUUGGAAAAUAAUAGUAAUUAAAAAUGAAAUUACUGAAUACCUAAGUAGCAAUGUACAGUAAACCCAACAUAACUGCUGAUUUUCAUAUGUUUAUAUUGAUUUAAAAUAGUUAUAUUUUUAAUAUCAUGUUUAAUUAAGAAACACUUUUGAUAAAUGUAUUUGUUGUGAAAAUAUUUUUGAA